GCGCGUGCACUCGGGCACAAAAAGCGGCAGUAGCGGCGCAGAUCUCGCGCUUCCACCUCCCAGUUUCCGGUAAAUACUGCCAGCUGCAACUUUUGUUCCCGCACAGCUGCCGGUGGUUCCUCCUCACUCACUCACUCCCUCACUCACUCUCUCGCCCACUCACGACCAAGUGGAUUCAUUAAAAGUGGAGUGGGCAGCUGGGUGAUGUCAUAUCCGUGAAGAAGACUCCCCCCAAAGCGUAACGUGAACGCAGCACGGGAUUUCGCUGCAUGUAUGCUGCCCACAAACUUUUUCCCCCCUCUUGUAAGCGACGAGGUUUCUCCCCGCUGUCUGCCCGCAUGGCGUGCGUAACGGCGGGGGCGAGUGGAUGGAUGUGCCCCUUCCCUCUCCUGGAAAAUACUGUUUUUGUCACCAGCGUGUAGUGGACGAGGGGGCGCGAACCCACGGGAAGAAACUUGCGUGAUUUUUUUUGUCUGGUUCCCCGGUCGAGGAGGAGGAGGAGACGCUGAAGCAGCCGGCAGAAUGUGGUCGCUGUCCGCGGUCCUGAACCCGCUGCUGUUCCUGCUGCUGUUCGGAUACUGCCCUUCUGUGGUGAGUUCACUGCCCUCAAAAUCCUCUCAAAAACAAGAGAAUAAACUCCAACAACAGCCGAGUCUGACCUUUAGUGGUCUUGUUGUAAACUUCACUUGAUCUCGGGUGGGUGGAGCACUGCACAAAGCUUCCACUAACACGAGAAAAAUGACUCAUUUCAGAUCCAAGGUAUUUUGGCAGCUCCUUUUGCAACACCCUCUGUAAGUUUAGCUCUGAUGUGCAAAAAUGUUUGGGGGAAAAAAAUACAAAAUAUAAAGCGGUGGCACCCUCACAGCACUCAUGUUUAUUGCCUACAUCAACCACAUAGCUCUGAUAUUGAUCCUGGAGGAUUUCCAGGCACAUAACUCACUUUUAAAGGGGGAGUUCAAUCAGUGUAAAGAAAAACACCGCUGAAUUAUAACCAAAUCUCCCAGACUGCUCCAAACGGCGUGAUUCAGGCUUAUUUCUCAUCCCCUUCAUAAAAACUGACUCCAAUGAUUCCUCUCAUGCUCUCUUCUUCUUCUCUGUCUGUUUUAACCUGACAUUCAUGAUCUUAAUUGGAAUGCAUCUGGGAGCAUUGUCACAAAUUAGGAGCAGCUUGCAGAUCACCAAGCCAUUUGGACAAAAACAAUGGUCGAUUAGGUUCAUCCCACCCAUGCAGAGCAUAUUCCCUCUGCCAGUGUCUUGAUUGCAAAGCGGUGUCCUCAGAUAUUUCCAUACCACCUUGCCAUGAUUGAAUAUGUUGUGCAGAAUUAAUGCACCCCAGGACUGUUUACAGGCGAAGCAAAGGCUCCAAACUGUAAAAAGAUCUAUCAGAGAGUCUCCACGAAGGGCGAGAACAAAGGAGGAAGCAGCUGCCUGGAUUAUCUAAUGAGAGAAAAAGUCUUUGUGCAGAGUUCUUUGCACACAUAAAAAAAAAGCCUCAUUGGAGAGUGCAUCUGGCUUGGCUGUGCUUCAGAUUCAUUUUAAUACGAGGAAAUGUGAGUGUGAAGGAGGAGGAAAAGGAUGUGCGUCACUCGAGAGACAGAGGAGAAAGACCCUUUUUGACGGAUUAGUGAAACUUCUUUUUAGGAUGCUUUUCAUCGCCGUGCACGAGAGGAAGAGACGCUUCUUCCCUCUUUUUAUCCCAUUCAGCUGUGAAAGAGGAGCAGAUUCCAGAUACAGUCACGGUGCACCAAAAACCAAACCAGUAUCUCUGAUCAUUUCCACCACAGUGCCAACCAUGACCUCCAAAUGGUACAAUGCAGAAUCACUUCACUUCUCCUCCUGCUGCUGCUUUUCAGCGCGGUUUCACUCUUGUCAGGGGUGGCACAUACUCUAAAUAACUCUAAAAGUACGAGUUUGAAACCUCUCCACAUGACACGCCUGUCAGGUUCAAAGUAGCAAUGGGGCAUCUAUAGAAAGAGCUUUUCGAAAACCUUGAUCUCAGCUUGAACCAGACAAAGAUCAGGGCUGCGGCGCUUUGAUAAGACCUAAAAAACAAUCUUUUAUGAUCUGAUAACAGCAAUAUAAGAAUUCUGUUCCAGACCGAGGAGUAUAAGAGCACAGAAAGUAUGUUUUAUUUUCAGGAUGUAGAAGGAUUAGAGUUUUAAAAGUAAAAGGUAUGAGAGGCAAUUUCAGUGUCUAAAUGAGGACUGUAAAUCAGUAGAAAGCUAUCACAUCCAAGUUUACCUAGAAAAGCAAUCCCUCGAGGGGUGGAAAUGAUUAGCCCAUGUUGUCCAUGAUGUGACAUCUUCGCCUGCUCAGAGGGGACGUGAUCUUUCUUGGCUGAUUCUCAACACUCCUUCAGUUCUCCAGGCUGGCAGUCAAAGAUGAAUGGGAGGGAGGGAGGGAGAAAGAGGAGGAGGAGGAGGAAUGCAUGCCAUAACUAUAAAAAAAACAGGGCACUUCACUUUUCUUUCCCUUAGCUUCAAAGCCUGUUAGAUGCCAAAGUUCACAUUCUCAACUUACUCUCCAGCCAGAUAGACUUAAAGAACCAAAAACCAAAUCCAAAUAAAAGUUGGUCGUCUGCCAAAGAUGCUGGUAGCGCAGACAAAUCCUGCCAUCCGUGGUUAAAAGGUUGCCAGUACUUGGCUUGAGACUUGUGUUAAUUUCCCGUGCUGACAGUAAACAGCAGAAUUGUUCAGAUUCUGUGUCUAAAAGCUAUCAACUUUUCCAACACUUCAGCACUCUUUGAUCGCGAUUCAGAGCCAAACUGGAUUUUACUGUGUACACUCUGACAUUAGUUGAUGGUGCUGCAUUAAAAUAUGCUGCAUAGGCUUAUGAUGCAUAACUUUAUGUUCUUUUAGCUUUAUACCCCAGUGCUGUAGAGCAGAUUGAAUGCAAUAAAAAAAAGGAGGAAAAGCUCCCACAAAUCAGGUUUAUCUGCGUCUCCCAGCAGGACUUGGAGUUUGAGCGCAGGGAGAACUAGUGUGGAGAAAACAGAAGAAUCUCAGCUGCGAGGUUAUUCAUCAAGGCGAGGAAACUCUAUUUACUGUAAAAGUGGAAAUUCACUGGAGACUGCGGAGGAAUACCUUACACAAGAAGCACUUUCAAAGACUUUUUAUAAGUCACUGGAAUUGGUUGGCGUCGAAACGUUGGUGGCAAAAAGAAUGGAUGACUCGUGAGGAAAUGAAGCAGCUGUGUGUGUGCGCCGUUAUGUCCUGAUAGCAUCAGUGCUGAGGUUUAUUCAGUGUGUCUGUCUCUGUGUGUUCAGAGCUGUGUGCCUGUGUUUCUGCAUACAGACCAUCCGGCCAAAGGAGGGGUGGCAGGUGUACAGCUCGGCUCAGGAUGCAGAUGGGCGUUGUAUCUGCACAGUGGUGGCACCCGAGCAGAAUCUGUGCUCCAGAGACGCCAAAGGCAGACAGCUCCGCCAGCUCCUGGAGAAGGUAUGCACACUCACAUCACCUGAACACACACACACACACAUGCACACUUACUGUAAGCAAGCAGCCCCCCCUCCACCCAUCCUUCAACUCAUAUAAAUUGAUUUCUAUCAUUAUCCAUGCUUCUUUGUUGCCAUAAUCCUCUGAGAGAUUGCACCAGCCAGCCUCAUAAACCUUGUUUUCCACUUCUGCAUACAUUACAGGGAUGACAUCAGCUUAGUGGUUUCUUAUAAAGAUAAGAACGCUCUUCUUCACACCUGGAGAAGUGCCUUUUGUUUAUAUGCAACAAAUCAUUCAAGUUGGAAACUUUCCAUGGGAAUUAAUGGGAAUAUAUCGGAAUCAUAGACUGUAUAUACUAUGGACAACUAGGUUCUGCCUUCUGCCAGUGUACGGAUUGGAAGCCAAAAAGCGCUCAGUAUUUCUGCAAUUUUUCUUUAUUUUCUUGAAACCAGCAUUGCGCAGUAGCGUUGUACGCAUUCAGUGGGAGAGUCGCAAAGAGUCACUGUGAUGACGCUCGGCUCAAACAGCGUAUCCCCCAGGUGAGCUUCGGAAUCCCUGAAUGCCAAAAGGCUGUAUCAAGUGUCAAUCAUAGAAAACAUGAACCCCCUAAUAACUUUUAAAAACAGAGCUGUACAGAAAAAAGAGGACUUGAACAGAUGAUUUCUUGAACCCUGGAGGCCACACUUUUGAGCCCACAGACUAUAUAAAGUCAAGUAAGUUUUGAUGAUAUUAUGGGGUAAAUAUAUAAAAGUAAAAGAUCUAUAUUCAUAUUUAACUUGCAAAAAUUAAAUCAAAACAGGUGCUAAAUGUAAGCUAUUUUUCAUUUCAUUGACCAUUUAAGGGGCUCGCUUAUUAUGGUGGUGGUAGCUACCUCAAAUGUGAUGCUGUUUCUUCUGACUCCUGCAAGACGGUUUUCUGUAACUAGAGCUGCAGCUAUAGAAUAUUUUAGUAAUCGAGCAAUCUACCGAAUAUUCUAUCGAUUACUCGAGAAAUUGGACCCAAACGACAGACUCACAUAAAGUUAGAUUUCCUAUAGCCCCGCAAUGAAGGCCAGACUCAGAGAAUUAGAGGACAAUCUCAGAACAAGCAUGUGCGUUAGCGGAAUGCAAUGCUCGUAAGAAAGCUAAAUUCGCCAGGUUGGCAACACUGCAAGAAAAGCCCUUCUCAUCAUUUAUUUUUCUGAUGCUAAUGUUGAAGGAAUUGUAUUAUUUUGUAUGGAUGUCUGCUAUUGACAAAACAAAAAUAUUAACAUUUAUGUUUGGAUAUGAUACAGUUUGUUUAAAUUACCCCCAAUUUCAAGUCAAUUCCUGUUAGGGUGAUUUUCUUUAGCCAGUCAUGUCAGCCUUCAGGGUGGUGGAGCUGUGUCACUUAAAUACCUCAGAUACUUUAGUGAUAGAUUUCCGCAGCCAUGGGCCUCCGACAACCAUCAUAAAACAAGGACCUUGAACCCGUGUUUAACAUCACUCAGGCUCCCAAAAUAUGUUGUGCUUUGUUAUUACCCUACAUGGACUCUCCCUCAGGUCAACAAAAUGCAAGUGGAAUGUUUUGGAAACGUGGACGACUAUAUAUACUUAAACAGUCUCAGAUCAGUCUUUGUUACACUUGUGGCAUGAUGAAGCUGUAGAUCUGCAACCAGUAAAGCUUGUCAAAAUGAUCAUUCCUGUGGACCUUCUUUUUUUUAAAGUGUGAACAUGGGCUAGGCAUCCUUACUGUUCUCAUAAAUUCCCAAUAAUUCCCAAGUUUCCAGUUUGGAAUAUUUCCAACAUUCCCCAGCUUAACUUCCCAUGGAAAGUUUCUGGAAAUUUACUAGAAGUUUUCAGCCCCUUUGCAACCCUAGUUUGGACCUAAUAGUCAGGCCUGGGAGUGUUGUUCUGCCCUGCUGAAGGAGGACUUCCUGCUCUUAUGGAAGCUGUUUUUUUUUUUCAUCCAUCACCAUGGAUUUUUUUUUUUUUAAUUAAAAGCAUGCAUUGAUUUGAUUCGCUAAAUGCAGCAGCCAACAGUGUGAAUUUAAGUAGAAACAGGACUUUUUAAUUCCCGCAACAGGAGUGAUUUAAAACAUUAUCUACAAACAAACAAACAAACAGCUCAGCGCCAGAGUCACUUCCCUCAAUUAAUAGUCCAUAUAAGGAAACAUUGCUCCAGCCUACAUUUUAAUGUCGGGUGCCCGAGGCUGUUCUCUGUCAUUCACUGCGGUCUCUGACACUAAUGUACUAAGCUGCCUGAGGGCCUCAGUGAGGCCAUUUCAGGAUCCCUCAACCAGAGCCAGGAAAGUAUGCAGAGCACAAUGUGCGAGUGUUGUGCCACUUUGCUAGCGAUGUGCUUCAGUAGUGUUGGUUGGCUACAAUUAGAGCAAAGGAGAGGAAAGAGAAAGAGAGUGAGAGAGGGAGAAAAGAGCACAGUUCAUCUUGUAUACAUGCCCCACAAACCUAGUCUGCUUUUGUUAAGGAGGGGAGGGUGAGCAACACUGCAAAAAAGCAAAAUUACCAGAAAAAAAAAGUAAUUUAUGCUAAAUAUUCUCAAGAUUAGUACACGUAUCUACUCACAAGUAGUGCAUGCACAUCUUUUGUCUGGUGAUUUUCACUGUUAUUUCAGAGAGUGUCCUCAAACAGAGCAACUCCUGGUCCUAUUGUCCCAAAUCAAGGCUGUGUUUAGAAAAAUAUUAAAUCCUAAAACCAGGAGAGCCGAACCAAUUUAAAAAAGAAAAAACCUGACUCUGACUCGGCAGUUUUGAGCGUGAGUUUUGCUUCAACAGCUUUGUAACUCUGGGAAUUCAAGUUUCUAGCAUUACAAUGGAGGAUUAGGGCCGUAAUAAGAAAGGAGAGGAAAUAAAGUUAGGACUUUAUGGGAAUCAAAUCAUGAGAUGAGAAAAAAUACAAUAAGGGAAAAAUCUAAGUGACUGUGAAGUUAUGAUAACAUAAGAAUCUAGUUGUGAUUUUAAGGCAAAGGAAACUAUGGUUGAUUAUUAUGUUAAGGGUAGGAAAUAGUGCACAAGCAGCUGAGUGCUUUCACCACACCCUUGAGAGGAUUGUCGAGAGUGUUGAGAGUUUUAACUUGAGAGAUUCAGAAGGAGCAGAACGUCUGUGUAUCAAGAGUCAUCACAAAAGAGCGAAGAGGUAUUAGUAUAUCGAGCCACUCCUGAAACAGAGACAACAUCAGAAGCAUCCUACCUGGACUUGAAGGUCCAAACUCCUCUGAACACAAGGAUGUUAAUUAUCCAUUUUAUUCUGAAAUAAAGCUCCUGGAGGCACUGAAUCUAAAGUUUCCAAAGCCUGUGAUGAUCUGGGGCGCCAUUUUCUUUAAAAAUGAGGUCAGGAGAGUUUCGAGCUCAUCGUGAUUUCAAUUGGCAACAAACUUUUAGAUGACGCUGAGUUCCUUUUACAGCACAACUUUGCACCUGCCCACAGCGCCAAAACAUCUACUAAAUGACUUGCUGACUACGAUACUAGAGAAUCUGUAAGGAGAGUAAAAACACCCCAAAGUAUAACAAAGCUUAUGGCCUAAAUAUAUAUAAAAGCAGUCUGAUUGCUGAUUGCUGAAAGUGGCCGGCUGCUACUUUAAUCUACGUCUUCAUAACAAUCAGCUAACCUAAGACUACACCUAUAACUUUAUUCUCAAUAUAAUUCGACUUUUUUUUCUUGUGACUUUGUAACCUUUAUAUUUAUAAAUCUCUUUUUUUUCCUUCAGAGAGGACCUGAUUUGGUUCCUUUAGGGGUACUCAUCUCUGUGGCAGUACCUUCAACUAGUGCACCCUUAACAGUUUUAGUCUCUUAUUUAAAAGGUACAAAUUGGCUUUAUCAGGGUAAAAAAUAUUGUAUUAUUGGUAAUAUUGGAGUGAACGUUUUGGUUGCAUACAUAAAACACCCCAUCCUCACACCCUUUUUAUGUAAUAUUAAAUCUUCUUGUCUUAAAUUUUCUACUUUUUGCUCUUAUUCUUACUGAUAUUUAACUUUAUUCUUGUAAAUUUAUAACUAAAAUCUCAUGUCAAAGACCCCACAGAGGAUUGACAGUAAUCAAUUCAUGUACAAAAGAAAGUUGGAGGACGACUUUGUGAAUAAACUUAAAUAUUCACACUAUUAUCUGUUUAUACAGGUGAAAGAAAAGAAAGCACAGUUUAGCUGUAAUGAAGUGAACCUUUUUAUCCAGUGUUUUGUUAUUGUUGAUCCAACAGCUUUAUACUUCUGUUUAUAUUCAAGGCAUUAAUAUAUUCAAGUCAUGACAAAAUCACUUAAUUGGCUCUCAUCAUAAAGAUAAAUAUGUAUUGAAAUAUGUGAAAUGCAAACAGCCAGAUAAAAGGAACUCUCAUCUUGAUUUAAAGCAUUUCAUCUUAUUUACAUUUCAUGUUUUGCAGCUUAAUGUGUCAAAUAUCUACUUUGAAAUAUGUUUUCAUGCACAGCAGAUUCAAUGGUUUAUUCAUGAUGUUAUGAAUUUUUUUCCCAAAAAGUAAAAAUUUACGUAUGAAAGGAGAGAGAAAAAGAGCAAGAAACAUCCUCAUGGAGGAGUAAAAUCCAUUUCAGGCUCUAUUCAGCUCACACAUGGAUGGUUAAAAGACAAUCUGGUGGAGGUCAGAAUGUUGAUUUGUUCCUCAAGAAGUUAGAGCAUGGCAGGCUACGGCGCGGCUGAACAUGGAGGACAUUUUAAUCUUGUGGUCGGCGGGAAAAUCAAUGGCGUGCUGUUUCAUUCUUUUCAAAAGGUGCAGAACAUGUCGCAGUCAAUCGAGGUGCUGAACCUGCGGACGCAGAGGGACUUUCAGUACAUCAUGAGGAUGGAGAGCCAGAUCAAAGGGCUGCGCUCCAAGUUCCGACAGAUCGAAUCGGACAGGAAGACGCUCGUCAACAAAAACUUUCAGGUAUAUUUUUUGUUUGAUGUGCAACUUUGUGUGGAACAUCACAGAAAAGGGUGUGUGAAAGGAGCUCCUCUGAAGAAACCUGAGAAGAAUCUAAAUUGAUACCAGAGUCAGAUCAAUACAGGUCUACUACUGCCGGUGAAGGACAAAAAACUGUCUCAAAGAGUUGGGCUGGCAAUGAAAGCAGCAGCCAGCAUGAGUCCUUAAAACUCUUCACUGGUGAAAACAACAGAGUUUGAAAGAUAAAGCAGAACAACACACGGCAGCUUUUAUGAUUUCACUCUAAGUGGAAUAAUUCAGGCAUCUAAAAUACUGUAAUAUACUUGUGUAACUACAUUAACCAACAAUGUUCAAAUUCAGAUACAUUUAGUUUUAAAUUAUUACACAGCUGUUUCUAAUACUCACCUCUGAUUGGUCAAUGGGAAGGUCCAUUAUUUCCAAACAACAACCGACCAAGAAGUGUGAAAAACUGCAGUUCCUUGAGUGUCCACUGGGGGCCUGCUGCAAAAGCCCCUAAAGCCACAUACACACCCAUUCAAAAAAAGGAAUGUUAGAGCCCAACAUGUAACAAUAACCCAAAAUGUAACGAAAAACUGUAUCAAAACCCAAAAGAAAACAUUUGCACUGAAUAUAACAACUUGAUGCAUUAUGUGUUGCUUAUUACAAUUUGGGUUUUAUUACAUUUUUAUGUUACAUUUCAGGAUUUAUACAUUUUUUACAUAUUGGACUCUAACUAGGAUGACAAUAUUGUGAAUCCCCGAAAGGAGGACACUACUACGUGGGACAGAGUCACAGAGUCACAUAUAGUAAAUUUUGAGAGUUUUUCAACUCAGUUGGUCAACGAGACACAAACUAAAAAAUUCCAUUAAAAAAACAUGGACAUUUGAAGGAUUUUAUAAAUUCCUCGGACAUGGCUGGACAGCCCCCCCGAAAAAGGACAUGUCCAGGUAAAAGAGGACAUAUGGUAACCCUAGCUCUAACAAGCCAGGAAUAUUUACAUGUUUACAGCCUGGUAAUAAUUCAGCUUUGACUGAAAGUUUCAAAUUUUUACUGUGAGUGCAUUUUGGAUCCAAAUGCUGGUUAUCGGUCCCAUGAAUUACCAUUAUAGGGAUUUGUAUCGGUAUUAGUAUCGUCCUUGAAAAAUUACUAUCUGUCGACCCAUGAUUACGUUUUUGCAUAAUGAAAGCAAAGCAAACACGCUCCAGAAACAGAGACUGAGUUCAUAUUUUAAUCAGUCGGUGGUUAUUUCUCUACAACAGACAGUUGCUAUGGGAGUACAGCUCCUACUGUUGUCUCCGGGAGACCAAAGGAUGCACUGAAAAAAAGUUACAAUAAUUCAAAAAGAGCAGAAGAGCAAAAGAGUUCAUUGGAUACAAAAAAGCUGCGAGCUACAGCCGAGAAAUCAAUAAGAUUAAAGAUGGCAGGCGGAGAAACGACUAAACAGAACAAAGUUAUGGGGAAGGACAGUGUUUAAAGACUGGUCAAUUGAAAAUAAAAUGUCAACAGACUUUACAAGUAUCAAGGCUGAAAAUCUAACUUCAGGUGCUGUGUUUAUUUGUGUGGUCUUGCUCAGCUUGUCUCACUUCAUCAUCGAUGAAAAAGUCUCACUUAAUGUGCUUUAACAGCCAAGUUGUGUGAUUUUGGGGAAGGCUCCCGGGUAUAAGCUUUGCAAUGGCAACAUUUCCAAGUCAAUAUUUGUGUAAAGUCAUUGAUUUUUCUUGUCCGUAGCUGUGUACACCUUCAGGCUGAUUUAAGACCCCCGUUUUCCAGGGUUGCAUACCUCAUUAAUGACCCACCGAUUGUGCUUUGUCACUUACAUAACGCUUUCCUUCUUUCUUUGGUAACCUGUCUUCAAACAAAGCACCAGAUGAUUCAGCAGAACAAGGGAAGAAGGGAAAGCAUUGUUAUUGUAAGCUAGUGGUACUUGCUGCUCUUUUAAUAGAAUCAUUAUGGCUUAAUGAAUGUAAACAAAAAUGACAUUACCUCAUCCAUCAACAUGAUUUCUUCAGUCUUUAAGGUAGUUUCUAAUUGAUGGGGUUGUUCAUGAUGAAGCAGCAACUCCCACGCUCAAACAACAUCUUACUCCAAAAGCAAAAGCCCGGUUAUCAGACCUUUUUAUUCUUAGGAUCAUCUUACUGGAUUAAAUGAUUUCUCUUCCCUCCAACUUUCUUAGUGGACAAUCCAAGCUUCCUAGUCUCAGAACAUACACGUUCAAUAUUUUCAAUCAAAAAUCCUAAUGUGUGAGAGUAGAGCUGGGCGAUAAACCGAAAAUUUACAGAUACCGAAGUUUACGUCAAUAACAAAGGUCAUUUCACCCAUGUCAAUAUAUUCGGUGUGCAAUAUAUAAAAGUUGGUUUUGGAUGUGUGUAGGUAGGCUAUGGUCUCAUGUCCCUUUCAGACAUUGUCCUACGUCAGAGACGUGACUCCACCCCAUCCAGUCUGUAACAAAGAGGGAAAGACAGGUGAGGAGAUGGAGGACGGUUCAAAAGUUGUAGCGGCUGGAGUAAGUUGACGAAGUUAAUGUGGGAGGGGGUGAGCAGCUUGUGAAGCAGUUUUUGUCCAUUUAUGGUUGUCGAGGUGAACUGCUCAAUAUAUCGUGAUAUGGAUUUGAGGCCAUAUCGCCCAGCCCUACAUGCGAGUGUCGACAGUCAACAGGGCGAGAUGUUUUUGAAGACAUCACCUAAGUAAGGAGAUGUCAAGAUGAGCAAAGACCACUAUGUCCACACAGGAGCUUUAAAACUGUAGCAUGUAAACAGGAAACUAAAAAAUAACACAGUAAAUAUGAAACUCUGGUGACUUUUGUGAGCUUGGGCACACUAGCCAAUCAUUUGAUCGGCAAACAACCAAACGAUAUAAGACCAUUGAAACUGUAUUUUCAUAAAACAGUCAAAUCUUUCUAUUCAAAAAUUUGUCGUUGCACUUUUUUCCCUAUUUCGAGUUUCACCGCCUUAACUUUUUUUGGGAAUGAGGUCAGAUUUGACCAACAAAAUCUAAACUAGUUCAUCUUACUUUUCAACAGCAUGUUACUGUCAAAAGAAAAAAUAUAUAUUUUUCCACCCAAAAACUGUGUUUACACGACUUUUCCAUAAAUUCAAACAGCACGCUCUGUUCCCUGUCUUAACACCCGACCUGUGCAAUGAUCCGAUGAACUUUAGUGAGGCACUUUUUGCGAUGUCAAACUGUGACGGACAGAUGGUUUUUGUCUACAACACAUCAUUUUAGACAUCCUCAUGAUGCACAUUUUUGACGAGUCCAUUUAUCGUUAUCGAGGUGAACUGCUCAAUGUAUCAUGAUAUUGAUUUGAGGCCAUAUCGCCCAGCCCUAUAUGAGAGGAUCAUGCAUGGCUGAUCAUGCAUGCUGUCCUGAGGUCUACAUAAGUCCACAUAUAGAGGUUGUUUCUUGAUGCACAACAUGCCAAUCACAUAUGCAACUGUCAGGUCUGGAUAUGGCUCAAGUCCAGAGCAAAAAAACAGCUUCAUUAAAAGGUCAAAAUACCCACUAAAAUUUCCAAUACUGCAGCCUCUCCCUGCAGUUAUUAUGAUUCUACUGCAUUAACAACAGAGACAGAUUUAGCCUAUAAUAUUGACUCUCACUUUGGACUCGACAGUAAAUAACUUAUCAGUAGAGAUGAGCAAUGCAUCAACUUCUGAGUCUGGUAGAAGUAGAACUACGGCAAAAAUCACUAUCUUGUUAAUUACCCGGGAGAAGAGAGUGGGUUUGUUUAAGAAUAAAGGGGGCUUCAUUUGAGGUGGCACACUGACAGUAAAUUACAGUGAUUAUAGGAGCAAUUACAAUAAUAAUCAUCCCGAUUAUCAUCCAUCAGUAAAAUUUGUUUGGGUCUGACUGAAGCCUCCCUCCUCCUUUCUCUCUGUAUCUUGUCAUGAUGCAUAUAUUUUGACUAUUAUCUUUCAUUCUUAUGUUUAUCCCGACAAACUAACUAUAGAUUUCUUUCUCAGUUCUGCAACAUUUUUCUGUAAUAAUGAAUUUGCGAGAGACAGAAGAGGAUUCUGCACUCUGUGGGAAAUGGAUUUGGUAACACCUGUUCAUGUUUAUCAUACUUCGAAGCAGGUUUUAUGACAACAUACACCUUGUGUUGACCUACACCAAGUUUUCUGAAUUAAAGUUCCCCUCCCACAGCAAAGAAGUGCCUUCCCAGAUUGAGAUGUUUGAUGAGACAGGUGGUGUUUUCUUUGUACUUCCUAGGAGCUGAAGGGGAAGAUGGAGUCCCUGCAGCCGCUGAUCCCUGUCCUGGAGCAAUACAAGACGGACGCUAAGCUCAUCUCCCAGUUCAAAGAGGAGAUCAGGAAUCUGUCUGGAGUGUUGAUGGGUAUCCAGGAGGAAAUGGGCGCCUAUGACUACGAGGAGCUGCAGCAGAGGGUGCUAAACCUGGAAAACCGGCUUCGCAACUGCAUGAAUAAACUCAGUAAGUCCGAUGCACUCAAAGCGUACGAAGGCACGGUGACCCUAGAUUAUGCAACAACACACAGAUCAUAGGUGGAUUUCUUGCUGCUGCUAGCAGAUUGGAAUUGUAGAUAGGGAGCAGAGGGGUACAAUGUAACUGCUAAUGGAAGCAGAAAUAAGAAAAUCCAGUUUCCUUAGAGUCAAAGAAAUCAUUUCAGCUGAAAGAUGGCAGUAUCAUGGAGCUCUUACCGACGAAAGCUUCUACAAAAACAAGAUUGAGACGCUUAUUUCCAAGUCUAUUUUAUAAAUUCAAAACCCUCCGGUUCCUUUUUUCAUCAUUUGCGAUUCAGCGCUGGAAACACGGGGUUCCAUUUCUCCACCUACUGUGGUUUAACUCAUCUAAUAAGAUCAAUUUAUGCCUCCAGAGCAGCUUUGCCUCUGAUAACGGUGUGCAUGACUAAACUCCAAUUUGCCAACCGCCAGGUUAUCAGCACUGAUGCAGCCUGUCAUAGUGUCACUGUAAAUAGUUGACAUGUGAAUGCUAAUGGGAAAUGGGGCUGGAAAUCUGUCUGAGCUGCAGUUGAUAAGUGAAGCAUCGCUUGUGCAUGAGAUCCGAUUGAUUAUGUAAAAUUGGUGUUAAAUACUUAAAAGGGAACUCGUAAGCUUUCGCUGAAGUGAUAACCCAUUGUCAUUUGGCACAAUUAAAGUGUCUGGUGAGAUGAAUUAAGUGCAGCACGGGUUCCUCAAAUAUUAAAGCAGAUGGGAUAAAUGUUCAGACUGCUCUGACACACAGUUCAAGAGUUUACUGCUUGUUUUAGAGCAUCUGUUCAUCCUCACAUGUAGACGUCUUUCACUUUUCACAGCUUAGUUUAAUGCAUGUUCAAUAAUAUCCCUAAAAUAGACUUAAAUGAAUCCACAAACCCACUCAGAGAUCGGGGUAGACUUCUUCACUGUUUGUCAUUUUGAUCAACAGGACCAUACAAGUGGUCCUAAUGUGCCAUUACCCCUCAUCUAACUUUAAUUCUUCCUAUUAUCAUACAGUCAGUGGCUCUCACUGAAUCCGUCUCUUAACAAUCUAUGAAAUCACAUCUCUUGUUGGAGCGACAGCAACAGUUCAGUUUGGAGAACAAAAGUCUUUUCUUGUUCAUGUUAUUAAAGCCAAACAAAGGUGAUUAUAUCCAUGAAAGUUGUGUACAGUGGUUUCUCAUUAGAGACCACAUAUUAGUUGAGAGGAGGGAGAGUGGAGUCGUGUACAAGUGAUCCAGACUGACAUUUGCCUAUUCUGAUGCUGCAUCUAUAGAGCUGGGUAUUGUUUUAAUAUUAUGGGUCCUGGUCCUGGUUCUGUUUACAGUAUUUUUGGAGAGGAAAAUUCUCAGCCAUAUUGGACACGCUUGAUCCCUCGCCGCUUCAUUAUCGUUAGUCAAUCUCUGGCUGUGAUCCUCUUUUCACAACUUUGUUUACAGACUGCAUCAAGUGGUGUUACAGUCCGCCAAUACAGUAGGUCCUGGCCGAUACGUAAAACUUUACGAGGACUUGAAACUCCUCUCUGAAGUUGUAGCUGUACUGAAAUAACAAAUCUACGAAUCAUACACAGAAGUGCAGAUGCUUGUUGUCUGGCAUACACUGAUAUUACCAUUAAUGCAUAUUUGUUCAAGAAUUAGCUUGCUCUCAGUUUUCUUAUCCCUAAAGGUAGCCUUCAGAUCUUCAUCAGUGAUUAGAAAUGAUAUGAACUACAGAAAAUAUUUGUUUCUGACUUAUUUACGAUUAUGAAAACAGCAAACGAGAGACACGUCAGCUUUAGGACUUACAGCAUGUACAACAGUGGAAGCACUUAUCUCCAACGGUCUUUGUUUUGCAUAGAAAUCUGGUUUUAAGUAUUGAUUUCCUCUUGGCACAAGAAUUUUCUGCAGUAGUGUUCCUGAAAAAAAGUCAAUUACCACCAAUGAAGAUAAUAAUUGUGCAGAGGAUGAACUUUGACAUCUAUUUGAGGUUUGACUAUCAGUUUGUUCUCAGCUAAAACUGAGCUCCUCAGAUCUGAAACUCUCCACACUUAAAUGCUUAUCCUUAUUAUUUAGAGCUGCUGCGGAGUGUGUGAUGUGUUUGCGUCGCCUAAUCCGUGUGGUGUGUUCGCAGCAUGCGGGAAGCUAAUGAAGAUCACCGGGCCGCUGACCGUCAAAACUUCAGGGACCAGAUUUGGAGCCUGGAUGACCGACCCUCAGGCGUCUCCCAAAAACAACAGGGUGAGUGAGCACACUUCGCUCUGUGUUUCACAACGCUCUGAGAGGUUAAAUGAUUUACACGUAACGGGAAAUGACACCAAACAUAUAUAGCUCUGAGACUUUUUCAUACGGUCAACUGCUGAGAUCAAACAUAAACAUUAAUGUCUCAUGAUGGACGUUUUAAUGUUAACGCACAUUUUGCUGCUCUUGAAGUUCAAACUAGGAGUCCGUAAAAAGAGAGAGGGGUCUUCUAAGGCCGGCACAUCACAACUUGUCCUUUAGCUUUGAACAUUUCCUCUCUGUGGUAAAGUUUUUGAACUCCUACAGCACACGUCUGUGCCCCCCCCCUCCCUCCCUUUAGCUGACACUUUGCUCUGUGUCUUGGCGGUUAAAACGUUCAUCUUUCAUUUAGUGUAAUAGAAUAAAGCCUGAAUUUGCAUCGUCAGCUGCCUGCUUGUAUACGAUCACAUACAGAGUAAAAAUAAAUAAAUUAAGUGUAUUUAGGUGGUAAAACAAGCAGAUGUCAAGCAGCUUAGGACUCAGCAGAUCUUGAACACUUUUCAUUUUGGCUCUAUGAUGAAGGAAUAGCAGUCCAUCAGGGACCAGUUUUCUCUGUGGCCACUUUGAAAAGUUCUUGAAAAACUCAUUUGUAUAAAAGGCUUUUUAAUAAGCUUUCCUUGUUUUCUAUGCAAAUAUCUGUCCUCAGCUGAGCUUCUAUUUCCUGACUGCACAAGACCUCAUUCAACUUGAAGUGCCUCUUUUCUAAUUUUAUGCCUGUGUUUUUCAAGGUGCUACAUAUAUUGAAUUAAUUUCUCAAGUGGUGAUAAAAGUAUAUUACAAUCUGCUAAAAAUAUUUGAAAAUAUCCUUCAAUAACUUGAUAUACUCUCCAAUUCUAUUCCUAAGGAUACGUCUUAGAAAGUCCCCCUCUUUGUCCUGGUUUGAUCUCAUCAGUACCAGCAAAAACAAAUAUACAUCCAGUUCUCUUUCAGUGUCUUUUAAAAUCAGGGCCUGUCUCCACUUACAGCAGCAACUCUUUUGUAUACAAAGCCAAUGCAGGCCUCCUUUUUUUAGUGCUCACUGUCCUCUCCUAAAAAAAACACCCUCAAUGUCAGCUGUUUUUCAUCACCUCCCUCCUCCAAUCAAGUGGAAAACUUUGAAACAUCCUCAAGAGCUUGUGAGUGGCACUUGUUCAUCACUGACCAAUCAAAAUCAAGAAGAGGCGGGACUUCUACAUUUAUAUGACGCUCGAUGAAACUGAAUUAUUGCCUUACUCCGAUUAUGACCAGACAACUGAAGUGCAUGUAAACACCUUAGAACUCCUAUUAAGACACCCAGAUAAUGUGAUUGGAAUUUGAUUUUCUCUACCAUGUAACCAGCAUAGUUGGAGUAUGAUUGGACAAUGCAUGUGUGCCACGCCCCUGUAACCCCAGAACAAAAACACCAGAGAAGAGGAGCAGCGUGUAUCUCAUCUGCAGAAAAAGUAGGGCGUACAUCAUUUACGAUGAAAAAAAAUGCUGUACGAUGCUCCAUCUUCUUGCUCGAAAAUGCCCAGCAGUAGUUGUAGCCACUUCUGAUGUCUGGCACGGACCUGCUGUUGUUGUUGACAGUUGUACGGGAUCGGAAACAGCGCCGCUGGAGAGAACCCUAUUCGCCCCCUAGAUGUAAAGAUGCUGUUAGUGGAAACAGGCCCUAAAAAAAGGCAGAUUACAUUGUUGUUCAUGUGUUUUCUUAAACUGGUGCUCAGGCUUUGUACAGUCUGAUUAAUGAUUUACGGUGAUAAGAUUAUACAUGACACAGUUUGUCUUAUUGUUUAUCUGUCCUCAGGUCUGGUACAUGGACAGCUACACCAACAACAAGAUCGUAAAAGAGUUCAAAUCCAUCGCCGAUUUCGUGGCAGGGGUUGAGUCCAGGACCUACAACCUGCCGUUCAAGUGGGCAGGAACCAACCAUGUGGUCUACAACGGCUCUCUGUACUACAACAAGAUGCAGAGCAACAUCAUCGUGAGGUACAGCUUCGAGACGGGCCGCGUGGUCACACAGAGGGCUCUGGAGUCUGCCGGUUUUCACAACGUGUACCCGUACACCUGGGGCGGCUUUUCUGAUAUCGACUUGAUGGCGGACGAGCUGGGCCUGUGGGCGGUGUACGCCACUAACCAGAACGCCGGGAACAUCGUCAUCAGCCAGCUGAACCCGGACACGCUGCAGAUCCUCAGCACCUGGAACACAGAGUACUCAAAGAGGAACGCCGGUGAGUCUUUCAUGAUCUGCGGGACGCUCUACAUCACCAACUCCCACCUGACCGGAGCCAAGGUGUACUACGCCUACUCCACUAAAACCUCCACCUAUGAGUACACAGACAUCCCUUUCCACAACCAGUAUUUCCACAUGUCUAUGCUGGACUACAACUCCAGGGACCGCGCCUUGUACGGGUGGAACAACGGCCACCAGGUCCUGUUUAACGUCACGCUUUUCCACAUCAUUAAAACAGAGGAUGACUCGUAAGAAAAGGGACGAACUGCACAUGAAAAAAGAAAACAUAAAAAGAUGGAGGACAUUUACACUUACGCUUGAAUGUUCUGAGGAAUCAAUGUAUUUAAUAAUUUAUGUAUUUAUUAUUUAUUGAUGACAUUUUCUCAUUAUUUUUGAGCAUUUUCACACAAAAUUGAUCAUCAGCGUCGCCUAUUUCCCUAAAACGAAUUAAUCACUCGUGAUAUUCUCCAUAUGCAAACCUGACACUUUGAAUGACAGCACAAAAUUGAAACAAAUUGGGUCCAUUAUGAAACAUACUGCAGGUAACACUCUUUCAUCUAAAUAAUGGCACUUUUCCUCAAACUUUUCAGCAACACAGGACUAUGAACUUCCUCUACUUUCUGCCGCUCAUUUUUCUCUAUAAAAUAAAAGCUUUUCCAAAAGUGAAUUCUUCAUUUUCAUAAUGGUUUCCUCAUUCAAACCCACAUUUAUUCAUGCCCCCCCUUGAUUUAUUCAUAUUUUGACUGUGUUCGCUAAUUGUUCGUUUUGUUUCCAUUCUCUUCCCUCCAUUUAUUCAUCAUCAUCUUCUAAUUUAUUCUGGCCUUUCGCUGCCUCCACUUAGCUUUCAAUUUCUCUUUGUACUUUUCCUUUUAGAAGUUUUCUUUUUUUUCUUUCUCUUGACCUUGUACAAGACAAUGAGAAAUGUGGUGAACCAUGAUGCACCUGUAAAGUUACUGUACUUGGCUUUUUCGUGUCCAUAAAUCUUCUCAAGUCAUCCAGGUCAUUGAGUAUCUUGAAGUACAGAGUUGAAGUCCUUCAGAAAACAUGAAACAUCUGCAGAUGUCGAACUCGGUACUCCAAGAUACUAGCUUUUUUGUAACUUCUGCGACAGUUUGUAUGCCUUAUUCAGUGCAGUAAGUUCUGUAAGCCCAGGAUAACCGCUCUCGUGCAUGAAUGUUGGCUAUCCUAAAAGCAUUUCUACUGUAACUGUAUAUCUGUGUAUUUUGUAACUGCACAACAUCCCAUUCUCCUCCUCUCUACAGUAGCUCUUAAUGGUCUGAAGGUCCAUUAAUGCAGACAGCAGUAGAUCUCUUUAAUAAGCAUUCAUUUGUGUAAAUAAGAUGUUAACCAAAAUAAAAGUAUUGUUUUCAUUAAAACA